AUGUCUGAAUUAUUAUCUAUCAGUCCAGCUGUAAUCAUAAUAUUGGUGGGUGUAUACUCUAUCGAAGGUGGAGGCAUAGCAUCUGGUGUAGGAAAGAUUACUGCGAUCAACACAAAAAUAGGGAAGGUUGGAGAAUUUUGUGGGAAGUAUAAAACACUGGUUAUAGAGAAUAGAAAAUCUGUGGAAAAUGCAACAGUACUUAUGAAUAGUUUAAAAGAACAAAUUAAGCAGGGAUUGGGUAGCAAAAGUGAUAAUUUUGAAACAUUUGUAAACUGUACACUUCAGGUUCUUUCAGCAACUCUCCUACCAGAAACCUGUAAAAAGGAAUUAAAUAGUCGUUACAAGAAAAUUCAGUGCUCCGUAAAUUUACCUACGAAAUACAUUGAAGGGGAGGAAGGAUUUGCUGAUACGCAUUGCUUCACAUUUCCCAGUUUAAUUUGA